AUGGCGGCCAUGAUUUUCAAGGUGGCGCUGCUGACGCUCAAGACGGCAGCCAAGCCACUGGCCACACGGUUCGAAAAGGUGGUCAUGAGCCACCCGGUGUGGCGCACUAGGGUCAUCGACAUUGCGCAGGCAAGCCACCUCCGGGGCAGGGGACUGCAGCGCAUCCACCGCAUGGAGGUGGGCAUCACGCGCGGCGCGGAGGGGCGCACCGGCAAGGCGUUUGUGGCGAGCAUGACAGAGGAGAAGGCGAUGGAGCUGGCCAGCAAGGUGGUGUCGGAGGGCUUCCUCUACGGGAUGGGCGUGGUGCUGCUGGGUGUUGAGCUGCACCGCAAAAACAAGGAGGAUGCGGUGAAGAAAGAAAAGGAGGCGGCGGAGAGGCAAGCGAUACGGGACCUGCACGAGCGGCACCUCAGGGCGGAAAAGGCGAGUUGUUGCAUGGAGGACCUGCGGGAGGAGCUGCGCACGAUUGCCAAACAGCUACACGGCGUGGAUGAGCGGCUGCAGUUCAUGGAGCAGCAGAUGGGGCGGCGGCGCAGCUGGCUGCCGCUGUUUGGAUGA